CUUUAGAGGAAAAGGCAAAGAGACAAAGAAGAAAGGCAAAGUUGCCGAGAAGAAAACGCAAACUCCCGAUCAAGAAAAACCAUAGAAAGAAGAGUGGAAUGAAUCGGAACUAACGGCUACGAAGAUAUCUGAUUCUACAAUCUGAAGAGUUUACGUUUUCAUAUCUUUGUCGAUUGAGAUUAUACUUGCAUGCUUCCUGAGGUUCGUAUCUCUUAGUACUUUGAGUAGUGAGGCGUUAAAUUAGAGUUCCUUGGCCAAAAUCGAAGAGAAGGAUAAGAAUCUGAGGAGUUAGAAAGCUAUCAUGUCAACGAACACUGAAUCCUCUGCUUCGCUACCUACUCAAAGGCUAUUAGGUAAAGUGGCGUUGAUCACUGGAGGAGCCACUGGGAUAGGAGAGAGCAUUGCUCGUCUGUUCCACAAGCACGGUGCAAAAGUCUGCAUUGUUGAUUUGCAAGAUGAUCUUGGACAUGAGGUAUGUAAAACUCUGCUUAGUGGUGAGCCUGGGAAGGAGACGGCUUCUUUCAUCCAUGGCGAUGUUAGAGUAGAAGGGGACAUUAGCAAUGCGGUUGAUUUUGCAGUCAAGCAAUUUGGAAAGCUUGACAUAUUUAUUAAUAAUGCGGGCUUAUGCGGAGCACCAUGCCCUGAUAUCCGUAACUGUAGUUUGACUGAAUUUGAGAUGAUCUUUGAUGUUAACGUGAAAGGAGCUUUUCUCGGGAUGAAACAUGCAGCUCGGGUAAUGAUCCCGGAGAAGAAAGGGUCUAUAGUUUCCUUAUGUAGUGUGGGAGGUGUUAUGGGAGGUGUUGGUCCACAUGCUUAUGUCGGUUCCAAGCACGCUGUUCUAGGCUUGACAAGGAGUGUUGCAGCCGAGCUUGGACAGCACGGGAUACGUGUGAACUGUGUUUCGCCUUAUGCGGUUUUAACCAAACUUGCAAUGGCGCAUUUGCCAGAGGAAGAAAGAACAGAAGAUGCAUUUGUUGGUUUCAGGAAUUUUGCGGCUACAAACGCGAAUCUAAAAGGGGUGGACCUGACGGUUGAUGACGUAGCGAACGCUGUUCUGUUUUUGGCGAGCGAUGAAUCGCGGUACAUAAGCGGAGACAAUCUGAUGAUUGAUGGAGGAUUCACUUGCACUAACCACUCUUUUAAAGUCUUCAGGUGAUGCAUUUUGCCAACGAAUGUUGUCUAAUGUUCAGUGUGGUCAAUUCAUCAUGACUCUUAAAUAAUCCAACUUUGGAACUUAUUGUGGUUUUGAUUGUUACUUUUAGCAUUGGCUGAAUUGUAGAAAGUCAUGAAGAAACAUAUAUUUGCUAUUUUUACUAAAACAUUGUUUUAGGCGAAACCAAGCAUAAACUCAUGUUACUCUCUGAUUAACGCUUAUGAAUGUAAUCAAUUGGAUAUUUGUUGA